AUGAAUAAAACGUCAUCAAAUAACAUUAGUAAUACCAAUAAUAAUAAUAAUAAUAAUAAUAAUAAUAAUAAUAAUAAUAAUAAUAAUAAUAAUAAUAAUAAUAAUAAUAAUAAUAAUAAUAAUAAUAAUAAUAAUAAUAGGAUAUUAUCGCCUUUUAAAAGAAAUAAUAGUAAAGAGAAUGGUAAUGGUAGUGUUACGAUUACAUUAGAGCCAUUAGUAUCACCAUUUAAACUUAUAAAAUCAAAUUUCAAAGAUGAUGUACAUACAAAUAAUAUUAAUAAUAACAAUAAUAAAAUUAAAAGAUUUUUAGAUGAAGAUAAUGAAUUUGAAAUUACUAUACCAAUUAGAAGGUCAGGUAAUUCAAUUAACUUUAAUAUAGGUAUAGUGCCAUCAUCAAAUAAAAAACAACAACAACAACAACAACAACAACAAAAACAAAAACAAAAAAAGAAGAAAACACUAUCACCAUUAAAAAAAGCACCUGGUAUAUAUUCACUUAAAGAUUUAACUAUUGAUAGUGAUAGUGAUAGUGAUAGUUAUUCAGAUAAUGAUGAUAAUGAAGAAUAUAAUAUAAAAUUAAAAUCACCAAUUAAAAAUAAAAUUGUAAAUAAUAAUAAUAAUCAACAACAACAACAAAAACAAAAAGAAAAAGAAGAAAAAGAAGAAAAAGAAAAAGUAGAAAAAGAUAAAAAAGAAAAAGAUAAAAAAAAAUUAAUAUUAAAUUCAUUUCAAUCUGAAUUAAUUAUAAAUAGAGUUGAAAGAGAAAGAGAAAUUAAAAUUAAUAGAAUUGUUGAAGAAAAGAAUAAAGAAAUUGAUGAUAAAUGGGUAGAGAUUAAAGAAUAUAAUCAAAAUCAAAUGAUUAAAGAGAGAAAAGAAUUUCAUUCACAACAAAUUCGAUUAAAUAAUUUAAUAAAGAAACAACAUAAAAAAGAUAUUAAAGAGUUUUCAAUUAAAUUAAAACAAGCCAAACAAAAACAUCAAUCUGAAUUAUCAGAAUCUUUAUCACUAUUGAAUCAAUUAAAUAAAUUGGAACAACAAGAAAUUGAUAGACAUAAUGAAGAACUCUUAAAAUAUGAAUUGGCAAUCAAAGAAGAAAAGAGAAAACAACAACAACUCAUUGAACGUUAUGAACAAAAAAAACGUGAAGAAAAACAAAGACAACUUCAACAAGAACAAAAAGAAAAACAAGAAAAAUUAGAAAAAGAAGAAAAAGAAAAAGAACAACAAGAACAACAAAAACAAUUAUUAAUAAAAUUAGCAAAAGAAAAAGAAGAAAAAGAAAAAUUUGAAAAAGAACAACAACAACAAAAAGAAAAAGAAUUACAAAAAGAAAAAGAACUUUUACAACAAAAAGAAAAAGAAAAAGAAAAAGAAAAAUUACAACAACAACAACAACAACAACAACAACAACAACAACAACAACAACAACAACUACAACAACAACAGCAACAACAAAAUCAACAAAAUAAUAAUUUAGGAUAUAUUAAAAAAGAUGGUAUAAUUUUUAGUUUAAAUGAAAAUUCAAAAAAUUUUAAUGAUUUUAAAGAAAGAAGUAAAGAAUUUGAUAUGAUUAUAAAGUUUAUAAAUGAAAAGAAAUCAAUGUUAAGUAGAGAAAUGGUUGAAUUUGAAAGACAAAAUUCAAAAUUAAUAAAUAUUGCAAUUAAUCAGAUAUCAGCUUCACAAGAACAAGUUAAUGAAAAAACCAAUAAAUUAAUUAAAUCAAUUCAAGAUUCACAACAAUCUGAUUAUUUAAAGAAAUCAACGAUUUUAUCAAUUGUGAAAAAGUCAUUAAGUCAAGUUGAAUCACAAAUUACAUUUCAUAAUGCUUCAUCAUUUCCAUUGGCAUUAGUAUUGGUUAGAGUUGGUGAAAAGUAUCCAGAGUUAAUUGAUUGCUUAUUAGCUUCAUUAAAUGAAAAAUGUUGUUAUACUGUACCUUACUAUGUCUCACCAAAAGAGAAUGAAUCACAAUCUUCAAUUUCAAAAAGGAUGGGUUAUGCAUUUAGUAAUGAUAUUGUUGGAGAUAAUGAUAAACCAAUUGAAACUGAAGAUGAAUUUCAUAAAAGAAUUUGUGGUUAUUUAUCAUUAUAUUGUGCUUUAAUUUUAAAAUCAGAACAACCUCAUAAAUCAAGCUCUUCUUCUUCCUCCUCCUCCUCUUCAACAAUGAUGUUUGGUUUUGGUACACAAAUUGGUAAUAAUAAUAAUAAUAAACUUAUAAAUAAGAAUUUAAAUAUUGAAAGUUCAUUAAGAUGGUUAAAAGAUUUAGUAUCAUUAAGACCACGUCGUAUUACAUCAUAUUUAUUUGUAACAUUUUUCACUCAUCUUGGUAACCUAUUAUCAAAGAAUCAGAAGAGUAGUUUAGAAUUUAAAAUAAUUGUUGGGAAAAUAGUUGAAGAAAAUUUCUUUAAUCAAAUGAAUAAACCUGGUACUGAAGGUUCAUUUUCAAGAUUAAAAAAUUUAAUUGAAGAAUAUUAUAAAACUGGUACCUUUCAACAACAUGAAGGUGUUGAUUUUUAA